AUGAUCGGCGGCGCGAGGCGCUGGUUAAAGCGCAAUCGCAAAGGUCUCGCGAUUGGAGCUGGGGUGCUGGGUGCUGGCUAUCUGGCCGGUCAAUAUGUCAUUUCAAAGAUCUCCGAGGCACGUGAGCGUAUGAGCAGUGAUCGUAUCGCUAAAGAAAACCUUCGACGGCGAUUCGAACAGAACCAAACCGAUUGCACCUACACCAUUAUUGCGUUGUUACCCACAGCUACAGAUAAUAUUGUCGAUGCGCUCCCCGUGGAGGAACUGACAAAGGAGCUUCAGAAGAAGCGGGCGGAGAGGCUGGCACGGCUCAAUGCGGGGGAAACUGCCGGCUCGGACAUGAGCUCGGUCUCUCCAAGCUUGCCAGGGGAUGAUACGAAGAGUCUUUCAAGCUUCCAGAGCGAGGGUUAUGUUCAUACGAGCCAGCUGGGAGAGCCUGCCGACUCGGAUAGUCAACCCCGCGUGAAACGAAACAAGACACAACUUUGGAACGAGGUGAAGAUCACAUCUGUCACUCGAUCCUUCACCAUGAUCUACCUCCUCUCCCUUCUCAACAUCUUCACACGGAUUCAGCUCAAUCUCCUCGGCCGCCGCAACUACCUCUCAAGUGUCAUUUCUCUCGCCAAUCCCCCAGCCGACUCGACUAUCAGUCUCGAAGACCAUGAUUAUGAUCUCACUCAAACACUUGGAGAUGAUGUUGCGACCAAUCGACGCUACCUUGCUUUUAGCUGGUGGCUGCUUCACCGUGGUUGGAAGACGCUGAUGGAGCGGGUCCAGCCCGCUGUAGAGGAGACAUUCGGUCCUCUGAACCCGCGUGAAGAUAUCAGCUUGUCCAAACUGUCGGAGUUGACUCUGCAAAUUCGGAAGAAGAUUGAGGGGAAUACGGAAGAAGAGCGCCGAUCCAGGAAAUGGCUAUCCUGCUUGCUGCCGCCAACAGAAGAUGAAGACCAUGUCCUUCGUGAGUCUGGUGUUGAAGGAGUGACAGACCCCUCUUCAUCAGAGACUGCUUCCAAGUUGCGCCUCCUCUUGGAUGAGACCGCCGAUCUUAUAGACUCUCCGUCCUUCUCAUUUGUCCUAACUCUCCUCCUCAACGAAGGAUUCUCCACCCUUAUUGAUGUUAAAUGUGCCAACGAGGCAUUCAAAGCUUCUGCCUCGGCCCCGGAGACUGCACCACAGUCCUUUGACUCCAUGGCCACCGUCGUUCCGCCCGUCGUUUCAGAGCGUAAAACCAAGCUAGCCAAUCUCCUAGCUGUCUUGGCUCGCCAGGCACAUGUUAUCGGCCAUGGCCCCAUGGGUCCGAACGAUUAUCUCGAGGUGAUGGACAAGAACGUUCGAGAGCUCGAGGCUUUUUCGGCAGUCAUAUAUAGCUCGAAUUUUGACCUCGAGCUUCUCGGCGCUAGUCGGCAACAAGAGACGUCGAAGGGUAUGGAUUCGAUGGAUAUAAAUUCUUCUGCUAUGUUUUCCGAAGUAGUGGUCGAUAGUGAGACCGAGACCGAGCCUAUCGAUCUGGCUCAGAGUGCCUCAGUUCUGGUUGAUCACGAUCAGCGAGUUUUUGAUAUUACCGAGGAAACCCCUGAGACCCCUGUGGCUCGGGAGGCAAAUGCAAGCCCUGCUCAAGAGCCUGCAGCAGACUCUGCCUUUGAGCGUGCCUGGGGCAAGGCUGUUGAUGAUGGAAAUAUCGCGUCCGAGCCCGAAGUUCAAGAAGAGUCUUAA